CUUCAUUAUGCUGUCAACAAAGCCAGCAAGAAUUAAGAUCCUAAUUCAAGUGAGGUCAAUAGUGAGUUAAUACAAGCUUAAUGAAGAUAAAAUGCUCAACUAUUACUUUCAACAGAUUGUGGCUUUCAAAUUACUUAUUCACAUGUGUAUAGCUUACAUGAGGUUCUUCCAAAGAUAAUCAAGAUGCUAUCCUACCUCCCAAAGCCAUUGGAGAUGUUGAUAAGCACAUUCAUUGGCAAGUUUGUGGCAAUUGGAGAAGCUAUUUCAUUUUUAUAACAAAACUAUAGCUAUAAAAGCUUUGUAGAUGAGUUUGAAGAAGCUUAUAUCGAUCUCUCCUAAGAUCGCUAUAAACGGGAAGUGAUAUUUCUGUGGAGAAUAAUUCAGAAUAAAAUGUUGUAAAUUCCUGCUGAAACUAUUCACAUUACUCAAGAGGAAAUUUCUGAAGAAGCUACAGGCCUCUGUGGCUGAGUUCCUCCAGAAUCAUUUCUUAUUUCUCUAUUCAGGUAGCGAAUUUGGUGUAAAAUUGUGGAAUUUCUUAAGAAAGUGCUCAAACGCCGACUCUUUGAGUCUUUAGAGAUAGACUUUUUAAAAGACGAAGAGACCAGACAAAUGAGACUCAAGGCUAAACGACAGAAUUAUACCUACUUCGAAGGUGAUGUCGAAGAAGAUUCAGAUGAAAUCUCUGGUCUUGAAGAAGAAACUUUGAAUAUUUUGAAUAUGAACAAUAAGUUAUUAUUUAAAGUCGAAAAGAAAAUAGAUAAAUUAGAGAAACGUUUGAAUAAUGUUCCUACUAAGGAAGACAAGAUACGCUUCCAAAGAAUCUACUUGACAAAGGAUGAGAAUCUUACGAUUGUUUUUACAGUCAUCUGUAAGACACAUGGCUUUAAGUCAAAGAAUGAAUGGAAUUUUAGAAAAGAUAUUGACUAUAACGACCAACUGCUAUAUCAAAGCAAUGUUUCAUACCUGCUUAAGUCCAACAAGAUCAUGGACUACAUCAACAGAGAUAUAAUGAAAAGGAUUUGUAUAGAAGCUUCCUGAUGCUCAAUAUGAUGAUUGACAAUAGCACGAUUGGAACAUUCUUUUGGCCAUUUUAGACUUUUUAAGCAAGAAUGUAGAUGAAUGUUAUAAGGAAGCUUUCGAGAGUUUAAAAGUUUGCCUAAAAAGUUCCAAGAAUGCUUUCUCACCCCAUGUGAUGACCUGAAUGAAAGCACUAA